UCCGCUGGAUUUAAGUCAAAGAUCGAUGAAUUUUGAGUCACGAAAGUGCACCUGCGCAAACGUCACCCAGACGCGCCAAAUUCAAACUUAAUUGUUUAUAAUAAAUAGGGUCAACCUUCACAACUGAAUUGCGGAAGUUUGAAACUCGUGCAGAUAAUAUGAUUAGUGUGUGGUUGUAUUACAUGCGAAAAUUUGCACAUUUGUUGGAUCAAGUCGAGUGUCUAAAGCCGACUAUUCGUGUUAAAUUGGGUAAAAUAACAACUUUAUGGGUUUGGAGUGAGAGUCCGCGAAAUGCGCAAGACGUCGCUCUAGAUUUAAAAGAGGUGGCACCAAGCUCAAGAAUUGGAGUCUCCAACAGCUCGUCUUCGGCUUCCAGUCUCCAGAACUAGCUUCCACCUUCCAGCAACAAUGGGCUUCGCGACAAUAAAGACAUCCAUUAAGGACCACCGAAUGGUUCUGUUGUUAUUCGCAGUCGUCUUCUUCUUAUCAGUUCAAGAGACCUAUGGAGAUAACAAGAGCUCCAAUAUUCUGAACCGGAAUUACUGCAGGAACCACAUUUUCUCGCCGCGGUGCCGCGGACAGCAAAAAAGGGACGUCAUGAGCCGCCCUAGCGAGGAAUACAGGUUACCCGUAGUGGAAGACUUCUCCGGCAUCGACAGAUCGCGCGAAAUCACCGCAAUUCUCAACAGCCCCACUCUCCUAGGCGAACUAUUACGAAAAAUCGUCGAAACCCCCGAAUACGAAUCCGACACAAGCAACUACUUGAAAUGAACGUCUCCAACAACCAACAGUAUUAAUCAGUAUUCCUAUUUAAUAAUUUAUUUAUUUAUUGCUUAAAAUAUAACUUAAAACCUC